CCCAACUAAUUAAACAUAGCAAUCAACUCCCUAUUUAUUCCCGAAUAUCCCAAAUAAUACUCCGAAUCAUAAAAACCGACAAUAAUACGAAUUAACAAAAUACUGCAAUUAAUGUGUUUCCCACAACGCGUCACUCGAUUCCUGUAAGCCGCCGGAGAAGACUACUACUAUCCAUCCGAGAAUACUACUCAACUGUUUCUUCUUCCCAACCUAAUCUAGCUCCCUGGAUGGCUUUGGGGAUAUUUUUGUGCAGCUGUACUUGUUUUUUGGUGGCUCCAUAGCAGGAGACUCUUGCCCGGUCUAGCUCCCUGGAUUCUUGUGCAUAAUUUUGUGCCUCUGUUCUUGAUUUUUGUGUCUCCAAAGCGAGAGUAGAGGAUGAGCUCCGUCAGUGCAAUUGAGAAGAAGAGACUGCACAGAGAUUUUGCUUCCAAACAAUCGCUUAAGGAAGACUAAUGACCACAUCAACGCUGACUAGAUUUCUUGUUAAAUACUAAUGGUCAACAAGAUCAAUCCUAAUGAAUUGGCAGUUGAAGAUAUCCUAAUGAAUCAGCAGUUGAAGAUAUGAAUAGAAUAUUGAACAAAAUUUAACACAAAUGAAAUAUUUUAGGUAAUUCAAGUGUUGUAAUCAUGGUUUUCACGUCGGCCGGCAUGCCACCGGUUCAACCGAUGCCGGUCAUGAAAUCGACAUGACACCUCCGAUAUGAUCGGCAUGAUCGAUUCAUGAUUUUGUAAGUAAAAUGACGUUAUUUCAGUGAAUUUAAAUAUGUGUACAUGUAAUUUUAUUUAAAUAUCAAUAUGAAUUGCACGUAAAUUGUUUUCAAAUAUGGUUUAUUUAUGAUUAAAUUCAUUUGACAUUAAUAGUUUUUGACAUCUCUACAUAUUUUAUUGACCGACAAGAAUCCAGGCCCGGCCCAGGCCCUGUGCUGGUAAGACCCACAGCACAGGGACUCAAUUUUAUUUGGGCCUCAGAUGCUUACCUUGGGCUCGCAAAAACCCCCACAUAAACUCUUAGUCUGGAGGCCCCGUUGGGAUGGCGAGGCCCACACUCGAACCACUUGUGCUGGCGAGGCCCACACACAAAAACGUAAAGUACAAAUGCGCAGGAGGAGAAUCGAACCGUGGACCUAUCUUUUUCAUCAAAAUAAGACGCAACCACUAAGCUAUGGCUUGUUAGUUGAAUCAAAACUAACAGUUAGGUAUUUAAUCUUCUUCUCUUUUUCGAAAAUUCUCAACUUCCCAAAAAUAUCCAAUGCCUAAAUAUGAAUUGUACACACCCAAUUCUAAUUAUGUCAACUCGAAAAUUUGAAAAAGUUAAUAUCUAAGCGUAGAUAAUAUUUUUAUUUUUCAAUCAUUUUCUGAAGUUGUCAUUUUUAUUAUUAUUUAAUAAUUUUAUUUUUAAAAAAUUUAUGAAAAAAUAUUUUGGGGCCACAUUUUAAAUUGUCGAACAGGGCCUCCGAUUAUCAUGGGACGGCCCUGCAAGAAUCGGCACAAACCGGUUGUACCACCAGUAGACCCAUUCUACUUGUUAAACCGACACAAUGAGCAUAAACUGGUUUGACAACCUUGAUUGUAAUGCUAUUAGUCUACCAUUUAUUAAUAAACAUCUCCCAAUAUUUCAAUAUUCGAGUGACAGGUUCUCGGCAUGAAAUCAACCCUUCUAUAGGAGAGGUCGUGGGAAGGGAAGGAAACAAGGAAUCGUUAAAACGACAUGGAUCUUGCCGUUACAUGUUUUUCUCCUUAAUAUAUUUGAAAAUUGCGAGAAGAAAAUAUGCCAAGUAAAGAAGAAGGAAAAAAGUUGUAUAUAGAAACUCCCGAUAUAUUGGCAUUUUUUGGAUAUAAAAACCAAUGGCGCUGUUGCUGAGAGUGCCGGCCGCCGUGUCUUUCUCUUGCAAAGCCUCUGCCGCCAAAACCACCAAAUCGGCCCCCAAUUUCCCGGUGGCCACCGCCUCCGCUUCCAUGAACGCGGCUAACAGCAAUCGGAAGCUCCCAGUCCUGCUCUUCGACAUCAUGGACACUGUCGUUCGCGAUCCUUUCUACGGGGACAUCCCUUCCUUCUUCGGAAUGUCUAUGCAGGAACUGCUAGAAUGCAAGCACCCAACUGCAUGGAUGGAGUUCGAAAAGGGGAUGAUUGAUGAGAUGGAGCUUUACUCCAAGUUCUUCAAAGACGGAAGGCCCUUUGAUAUGGAAGGCUUAAAAAGCUGUAUGAAGAAAGGAUAUCAGUACCUAGACGGUAUGAAAGAGUUGCUUGACACUCUAAAGCGGAGAAACUACGAGAUGCAUGCUCUCACAAAUUAUCCUGUAUGGUACGAGAUGAUUGAGGAGAAGUUAGAUAUCUCAGCAUACCUGUCGUGGACCUUCUGUUCCUGCACCAUUGGGAAGAGGAAACCUGAUCCUGAUCUCUACUUAGAAGUUGUGAGACGCCUUCAAGUUGAUCCGGGUCACUGUAUUUUUAUCGAUGACCGCAUCCGGAAUGUAGAUGCAGCAGUUGAAGUCGGCAUGAAAGGUGUACACUUCAAGAAUGCAGAUUUGCUGCAGAAAGACCUUGCUCGACUCGGUGUUGAAUUUGAUGUCCCAAAAGGAUGAUCGUUGGUUGAUUCUUGUGUAAUGGAAGAAACACAAAGGGGAAAACGAGACCACAUUCUUGAUUAUUUUGUUCAGUUUUUCAAGCUUUAGUUCUCAUUUCGUGCCAUUUUGCCAAACUUGCCUCUAUUCAAUGAAACACAAAGGGGAAAACGAGACCACAUUCUUGAUUAUUUUGUUCAGUUUUUCAAGCUUUAGUUCUCAUUUCGUGCCAUUUUGCCAAACUUGCCUCUAUUCAAUGUUCUGGCAGCCAAUUUAUAGGGUUUUAGAGGGAUGUUCUCCCAAGAACUCGUUCUGAUGGCUGGCAACGGGAUUUCUGCAACGAGAGUGAAAGUAGGAAUGACAUUUUGGUCUUCACAAUUACUUUUUUUAUUCAUUAAAAAGACACGUACUGGGAUUCGAACCAUGACCAUUUUAAAGAAAAGCAAGGAUAAUGACCAAUCACACUAAGCACAUUUGUUGUAUCUUUUUAAAUUAAAAACAUAUAAUAGCAGGGAGGAAAAAAACCCUUUCCCCAUUUCAAAUUCCCUGCUCCAUGAGCGUUUGUAGGAAGGGUAGAAUAGGGAGUGUCAAUUUUUUUUCUCUCCUCUGUGGAACGGGCCAACUUACCGUACACAUGUGAAUUUAAACAGGUCCAGGAGUGUCAAUUUUUUUUCCUUAAGCCCUUUUAUUUCUCCGUGGUGACAAAUAUAUAUGAAAAGGUAAAAAUAAUACUCCUUUUUAUUGUUAAAAAUAAAACAUUUAACAAUAAACUAAUGCAUGGUAUCUAAUGGGCUAACCGCCAACCAUAAAAUAAAAGAGUUGAAUGUGCCUGACCUACAUGGGAUUUGGCCAUCAAGUAAAAUAAAUGAACAUCAUUGGUUUGUCAUUCUAAAAUAAGCUAAUUUCUCUGACAUAAUAUAUAUUAUGCUAUUAUUUUAUAUCUUAGUGGCUAAAAUAUAAUGUAUUUUAAAGUUAUUCAAUGGUUCAACCUCGAACAACACAAUUAGUCCAAUUUUUAUCAUUUCAAAUAUAUAUUUUAUAAUUAUUUGAUAUCAUAAUGAUCAAAUUAUAGUGUAUUUUACAGGGAAUCGUUUGGUAUUUUUUAGUAAAAAAUUAAGCAUAAAGAUCUAUUUGGUUAUUUUAAACAUUAUAACGAUCCUAAACAUUUUCAGUUCCUUUUGAAUUUCUAUGGUUUUAUUCCCGAAUAAGUGAUGUGCAAAUGGCGAAUUGUAGUCGUCUCUUUUCUUUCACUAUUUUUUAUUUUCAAAUAGAAAGUUUCAAAGUAAAGAAUAAUUAGAAUUUGGCAUGGGUCGUCAAACAGGCUGAAUUUCAAGUUUUGGCCCGUUUGUUUUAUGCAUUGCAAAUUUAUUAGCAUUUUGAUGGAAAUGGCUUGGAAAAAAGACAUAUAAGUUGUACCUUUGCAGAAAUGUCCUCAAAUGUUUUAAUGCUUUGUGAAUCAGGUUCCGUGACUUUUGUGAUGGUGUAUGUGCUUGACAAUUGCUCGAUGUAGUAACUGCUUAAUUUGAGAGUAAAUCUUUUGAUUUUCCCUAUGAGUUGUGAUACCAGUUCUGGUGGUUGCAGCAUGUUGUCGUUGUUGGCCUGUAAAAGUUGUUCCGCCGUGGUGCUAAAUACCUUUCUUUCCUUUUUAACAAAUUGUGUAGUAGUGCUAUGAAACAGACCACCCAUGAACGCUACGCUUAUUAUGGUAUGUUCUUACUUCCGGUGGUGAGAAAUUGUGAAUUGAGAAUCAUAUUCGCCUACCGCACUGUGUCUGGCUGGUGGCUGCUUACUGUGCUCUCUAGAGUUAUGAAACAGACUACCCAUUAACGUUUCCCUUAAGAGUCCAUAACUUUUGCGAAAAACCAAAUUUAGGCAAUCAAAGGUGGUGGAUGUGUGAUGAUUUUUUAUGGCUUAAUUGUUUGUGAAUUGGAUAUCUGAUCUUUGUAUGAUUGGAGGGGAUGUUUGCUUAAUAGAAUAAUCCAUUUUAAUUCAUGUUUAUUUUUAACAUGAACUUUAGUAACUCAAAACCUUUGAGCCACAUAUCACCUACUGCAUUGUAUCAUUUUGCCUGGGUGCUUGCUGUGUUGUCAAACUUCUUUGUUGCUGCUGCUGCUUUUACACUAACAGGGGAGUUAAGAACCCAUGAAUGUUUCCGUUUGACACAAACAGGAGGACUUGCUUCUAAAUCGUGCACUAAAGAUGAUUGGAGGAAACAUCUCUAUUGCAGUUGAUAUACUAGAGACCAGAACAAAAGCAAUGUAUAGCAUCAAAACCAACCAUCUGAACUAUUAGCAUUGUUGCUUUACUAUUUUUUCGUGGUUGAGUCUCCUUCAAAAAAUUUAGUUUGAAUUUAGAAAAUUUUGCUUCUGCAGUCCUGUCUUGCCACCAACGCGUUCAGUAGAUGGAGAUGGCAGAGGCGAAGGCUAUUUUUGUGUUGUUGUUGCUGGUUUAGGGAUCGGUUUGUGAAGAAGAGGGAGAAGAGAGAGGGAAAGGGAAAUGCAGGAGAGGGGGGUAACUCUUUUCUCUGACAAAAAUGGAGUGAAGAAAGGAAUUAUGAUCAGUAAGGAUAUGGUUAUCUUACAUAACGGUCUCUAUUCUGUUUGAAUUGAGCUUGGGAGGCAGUGAUAAGGACGAGCUGCAAUCAAUUCAUAGUGAGAAGAGAGCUAUGAACUGUGAUCAUGUCUUAUUUCAAGUUAGAAGGUAGUUUCAGUAUAAGGAUUAUUUAAUUUGACAAGUUGUUUCGUCCAUGAUUCUUGGUAGUUUCAGUGCCAUUCUAGCCAUUGUUUAGUUUGUAAUUUUUGAGAAUUGAUGUGCGAGUAAUGACUUUCACUUAGCUUCAACUAUUAUGUGUGUAUUUAUUGGCAUGUGAUAGAAAUCUCUUUUCCUUUUCUUUGAAUUCAGUUUCAUACUCUAAUUGUAUCAUUUGUACAUAGGCAAAUCAUGCUCGAGAUGACAACUCGCUGAUAAGGCUGGUGCAAGGAACGAAGCCAUCAUUAGAAUUCAUACCGACAACGGGGAGGGAUGCCCAGGACUAAUUCAAUGAUGAUUGAUGAUGGUAUAAUAAAAACUGCAGUCUGCAUCAACACCAAUUUCUAGGCCUAAGUAAAGUUAUUCAACCCAGAACUAUGCUUAGCGCUAAAAAUUUCCCUCACCCAACCUUGAUCCUGUUUGACCCACUUCUGAAGAGUCAAGAUAUAUGAAUAUGACUAAUCCUCUCCGUUCGUAUUUUCUUAUUGACUCUUUCUGACCCUUUAGGUUGGGGCGGGUCGGGAAGAAUCGAAUUAGUGGGUCGGUUCUAAUCAAGUGGAAUCCCAAUCCCUUCACUCUCACUUGCUUUCUCUCCUAUUCCACAAGUGGGUAACAUACAGUAAUCCGGCCAACGGGCCGGGUAAUAGGCUAGUAUAUAUAUAUAUGAUGUUUCGAAUUCUUCAAAGAGAGUCGGUUGAUCUAGAUUUUUUGGAUACAACGUUUUUCAAUCCUUCGUAAAUCUAUCUAUCUAUCUAUCUAUCUAUCUAUCUAUCUAUCUAUCUAUCUAUCUAUACAUAAUAUUAUGGCAAUUCAAAAUUAAUUUUUUGCCACAUA